CCCAAAUGUCUAUGAAUUUGACCCCGAGGCUCGUGUCCCGAGCAGAAGGAGAGUGUGGCGUAGGCCCUUCGUUUUUGAUCUUCAUCUCGUUAAAAAUUGUGUAAAAUGGGCACAUAAUAGUUACUUGCCGGAACAGUAAAUACUUGUGCUCAAAAUUUACGAAGCUAGUUGUCUGUUUAAAGCUGAUAACGUAAGUACAUUGUGUUAAUAAUGGCUAACCCAAAUCGAGAUGGUGUUAGUACUCGCUUCUCCGACAAUUAUGACCUAAAAGAAGAACUAGGAAAAGGAGCUUUUUCAAUAGUGAGACGCGCUGUUCAGAAAUCGACUGGAUAUGAAUUUGCUGCCAAAAUUAUCAAUACUAAAAAACUCUCAGCUAGAGAUUUCCAAAAACUGGAAAGGGAAGCUCGAAUUUGUCGAAAGCUGCAACACCCUAACAUUGUGAGACUGCACGACUCUAUCCAAGAAGAACAUUUCCACUACCUCGUAUUCGAUCUGGUAACUGGUGGAGAAUUAUUUGAAGACAUUGUAGCGCGAGAAUUUUAUUCUGAAGCGGAUGCAUCACACUGUAUACAGCAAAUAUUGGAAUCAGUCCAUCACUGCCACCAUAAUGGAGUUGUGCAUAGAGAUUUAAAGCCUGAAAAUCUGUUACUGGCUAGCAAAGCUAAAGGAGCUGCUGUGAAACUUGCAGAUUUUGGAUUGGCUAUUGAGGUUCAGGGGGAUCAACAAGCAUGGUUUGGAUUCGCUGGUACCCCUGGCUAUCUAUCUCCAGAAGUACUUAAAAAGGAACCAUAUGGUAAACCUGUGGAUAUUUGGGCGUGUGGCGUAAUUUUGUAUAUUUUGCUGGUGGGCUACCCACCAUUUUGGGAUGAAGACCAACAUCGAUUGUACGGUCAGAUUAAAGCUGGAGCAUACGACUAUCCAUCGCCAGAAUGGGACACCGUAACGCCGGAAGCUAAGAGUCUCAUCAACCAAAUGUUGACUGUAAAUCCUAGCAAGAGAAUUACAGCUUCUGAAGCUCUGAAACACCCAUGGAUCUGUCACCGUGAGCGUGUUGCAUCCAUGAUGCACAGGCAAGAGACUGUAGAUUGCUUGAAGAAAUUCAAUGCGCGUCGCAAACUGAAAGGCGCUAUUCUAACUACUAUGCUAGCCACGCGAAAUUUUUCUGGCAAGUCCAUGGUUAAUAAGAAGGGCGAUGGGUCACAAGUGAAGGAAUCAACUGACAGUAGUACGACAUUGGAAGAUGACGAUUUGGAUAAGGACAAGAAAGGUGUCGAUCGAGCGUGCACCGUUAUCUCUAAAGAGCAUGAUGAAGAGAGCCUCUCGAAAGCAGAUUCUUUUGGAAAAGCUCGUGGCGAUAGCAACGCUUCACUUCGCCGAGCUGAAGUUAUUAAAGUCACGGAGGUGCUCAUAGACGCUAUCAAUAAUGGCGACUAUGACACUUAUUCCAAGUUAUGUGAUCCUAACGUGACUGCGUUUGAUCCUGACGCAUUAGGUAAUUUGGUGGAGGGUGUAGAAUUUCACAAAUUCUUCAUUGAUAAUACCCCUACUCAUGUCAAAACUAAUACAACCAUUCUUAAUCCUCGAGUUCACCUCCUCGGCGAUGAUGUAGCUGUAAUAGCAUAUGUUUGUGUGACACAAAGUGUUGAUGCGGAAGGGCGACGAGCUACGCACCAGUCUCAAGAAACUCGCAUAUGGCACAAACGCCACAACAAGUGGACAGCUGUUCACUUCCAUCGCUCCUAACUAGUCCCUUCUUCAAAGAUGUCCCCGAUGCCAAAGGAUUAUGGUCUCAAAGAGCAAACUGUUUGUAAUGGUUUCACCGUUUCAAAUGUAACAACUUCUGAAAGCAUUACCUAAAUACAGAGACCACACAACAGCUCCUUCGGCAACGACUUAAAAUAUAAAAGUUUAAUAUCCAAUUCUGCUAUGAAAAUUACACGAAUUUUAUUAGAAAUUCUUUGUAAUCUCAAGGAAUUAAGUUAAUUACGUAUAGGUAAAUGUUACUCUACACAAAUGUAAGCAAUUCAAAUAUUACUUCUCAUUCUGUAAAAGUCACUUACAAAGAGUCCUAUCGUAAAAGCAACCGUGUGGCUAAAAUGUGAUACCGUUAAAAUAUCCAAUGCUUCGUGCUAGUUAUUGUAUUAGUGUGAAAACCUGAUCUCGGCCACAAUCGAAAAUUGUCAACGAAACGAGCCAAAUGUUGCUGAUCAACAAAUUAAGAAAUCUCAAACAGAUCUGAUGAAUAAUCUACGUUGUAAGUCGUACCUACCUAUAUAAAAUCAGCAAAACUUUUCAAGUUUAGAAUUAUUAGCACAUUUCUCAGUAAGUCUCUCUACAUUUUUAACUAUGAAUGUUUUGUCGUGCUUAAAAAUGGUGUUCUAUUUGUUAUCAAAUACCUAGUUAGUAAGAUUUAAGUAACUAAUGAUGCAGUUAUUGGCACUACGCAUCCACAGUGAGAGAGGACUUCGAGUAGUUGGUUAAAAUAACUUUUUACUAUAUUAUACUGAGUUAGAAUUCCUAGUGCGGAUUUAUUGUUAACGUUUUAAAUAUUUUAAGUAAAUUAUAUCAAUUUUGUCAAUUUUAGGGUUUAGUGUGGUAAUAUUGUUCUGCUUUUGCUUUUAUAAACACAUUACUUACAAGUUUGUUGGCAGGAUUGUUUGAAGAACUUUUUUAAUCUGAUUUCAUUAGAAAUGUUCAUUUAGUAUGUUCGAACUUUCACCUGAAACAAUACGUUGCGAUACCUAGCUGAUAAUCUAAAGUGAUAACUGUGCAAGAGAAGGGUCUGCUAGUUGGUUUUGUACUAAGAUAAGAGGAGCUUUGUCAACAGUGAUAUUAAUAUGUAAUGUAAAGUGUUUUUUGCACAGUUUCACUUACGAAACGUGCUGUAACAUUGGAUCUACCUAUAUCUCUAAGUCUGCAGUAAUUUCAGUAUUUUCUAGAAAUAUAAUUAGAUGUAAAUGACAUUUAACCACGUUUUUACAAUUUUGUAACAUAUUUUAGUAUAGUUAGCAAAACUUAAUUCAUACAAAUCAAAGAGUUGGAAUUGUAAUUAUAAAAAAUGCAUUGCAUAAUAAUUAAUACCUACUUAUUAUAGGUAAUCAUGGUGAUAUUUUCACUGUAUCCAGAGUACAUAGUUGUGCCAUUAUCAUUGAAAUUAGUGCCAAUAACUGUAGAAAUAAAAAAUGUAUUCUAGUCUUUAUUGUUACGCAUAUUUAGUAUUUAAUCAACGUUUUUAAAAUUAAUUUUAAACAUAUACAUAUAUAGGAACUUACAUUGUGUACAUAGAUAUUGAUUUGCACACUGCAUGUUUAAGAGUGUCGUCUUCAAGAUUAGCUAUAUUUAAACAUACUUUCUUUGAAGAUGUUUAUAAAAGUUCGUUACCUAGAUGACAUUGAAUUAAUUUAUUUACUUCUGUUAUUUUUUGGCUCUCCGAUAUAUAGUAAUUUAAUAUUUCACAGAUACGUGUUUGUUGGGGCAGAGCCCAGUAUACACUUUUAGGGUACCUUAUAAAUGAGCUCUGGUCCUGUUUCGGCGCUGGUAAAGAACCGCCACGUCGAAUUCAUCUAGUUAGAUUUUCACUUAAAUUUUAUAGGUACUUUACUGAUUACCAUCUCAAGUAUGUAGGUCUAGAGUUUGAUGGAUUAAAUAAGUACCCUUUUUAAAUGAAAAGAGUCACAAAAGCUAAUGCUUUGUGUAUGUUUCUAUAUCCUAACUGAAUGGUGAAAUAAACAUUUGUGUUUUCUUUUCCCUCUACUAUACUUUUUCCACUAUUGCCUACAGUUUAAUAAUGUACCUUUGAUGUUAGUUAUUCCAAACUUUGCCUACUUAGGUACUCGUAAUAUUGUAGUCAUAAAUUGUUAUACAUAAAAUCCUUUAGAUUUUUCUAUGUCCAAAACAUAUCCAAGUCACCCAUUUUUCCCGCCAACCGAGUUAGCAAUACAUUUUUGCAUAAAAAUAUAUUAUCUCUUCCAGAAAUCUAUAGGUACCUACAUCCUCAGAUAUAAAAAUAAAAACCCUGUAGUCUUCCCGCCAGUAUUCCAAAUACCACAGUUAAAGGGAUAGCCAAUCUACAAUUAAAGGUUUCAAGUAUUCUAUUCUUCUUUAAAAUUUUAAUAGCUCUCCGCAAGAUGUUAUUAUAAUGCACAUUUACCUGUUCGCAUGCAUUUGUCUCACUGGCUUUUACAUUAAGGGGGGCUGUUUUGAAUAUUGUCAUAUCUUGUAUUGGCUGCAUUUUUAUUAAACUUUCUAUAAAUACUUUUAUGAAUUUAAAUUAUUUUUAAAUUACAAAUCUAAAUGUACUUAAAUGAUAACAUGAGGUUACCAUUUGGAGGCACAUGAGUGUUCAAUCAAUGCACAUGAAUACCAUUUUUCGACUAGAAUGUGCUGCAAAUGGUUUUGUGGGGUCAUACUUAGAUGAAUACAAUGUACAACAUGGGUGCAGUGCAAUAUGGUAACAAGACCUGUCACAGAUACCUUACAUAUAUUAUAAAAUAAAGAGCAUAAUAAUAUGUUGUAUAAUUUUAAAAACUUUAUUAUUGUAGUUUUACUUACAGGUACUUUUUCAUAGUGUAAAAUUUUGACCAUUCAGCUAGAUAGUAAUAACUUGUGUUGAAUAUUUUAUCUAAAGGAGAACAUGUUAUGUGUUAGGGCAAUUGCUUCAUAAUCCAAUUAAGCAUUGUAUUCAAGUCAUUAUUAGGGUGUAAUAUUGAGCAAAGUUAGACAGGAUUAAAAUCGUCAUUGCACCCUUGCCUAGAUAUGUGAUUGAGAUUAAUUUGUAUGUUAUAGUCAAAGUUAUUACCAAAGUAUUUCGUACCUUUCAAUGCACCAUGGAGUUUGUUUAGAAUUUGCUGUUUAUUAUGAAUGCUAAGUUUGUAGAAUAAUUUUCAAAUGUGAAAGUGUAGGUGUAUUAUAAAAUUGUCAGUAUAUUUGUAUUCAACAUAAUUUCUUGAACCUCUGCAUUGCCGAUUAUCAUGUAACAUCUCUAAAAUAAAGUUCUUUUGAUCUAAAA